AGCACUCGGCGAGCCAAAGUGCGAGAUAGAAAAUUGUCGAGCUAGAGGAGAAGAUAAUCACAAACCACGAUCGAAGAGAAGAAUAAACAGUGAGAGCAGGAAAAAUGUCAGGAGGAUUCUCUCAGGACUGGGAACCCAUCGUUAUCCGCAAGAAGGCUCCGACCUCUGCCGCCAAGAAGGACGAGAAGGUUGUGAACGCUGCUCGCCGCGCCGGUGCUGAGAUUGAAAGCAUCAAGAAAUCAAAUGCUGGCUCGAACAAGGCUGCCUCUAGCAGUACUUCCUUGAACACCAGGAAGCUCGAUGAAGAGACUGAGAUUGUUGCUCAUGAGCGAGUGCCAAGUGAACUGAAGAAGGCCAUCAUGCAAGGUCGAAUGGAUAAGAAGCUUACUCAGUCUCAACUUGCACAGUUGAUCAACGAGAAGCCUCAGAUAAUCCAGGAGUAUGAAUCUGGGAAAGCCAUUCCUAACCAACAGAUCAUUGGCAAGUUGGAACGAGCUCUUGGAGUGAAGUUAAGAGGCAAGAAGUGAAGUGCUCUGCUUACGAUCGUUAUCUGAUAUAAUGCUGGUUCUGAAGUCUCAAGGCUGCUGAUGUACAUUGGAAACUUCUCCGUCUUUCCGAAUUUCUCUACCCUUUGCAGUGGCUUGUACCUCUGAGAAACUCUGUUUUUGGUUGGACUAACAAUGUUGUGCAUGGCAGUGUUUCCUUGUCUGUUUGCCCUCUAACUAGCUCUCGUACCACCAUAUUUCCAAGUGGGGAAUACAAUUUGCAAGCGUUUCUUACGUAGCCGGCUUUAUAACCAUGUUGCUGCACUAAUGCUUGAAUCAUUGCUGGACGGUGCCAAUUUGAUGGGGGAUUUCUUUGUGCUGGUUGUGGGAUAAUCAUCCGUAGCUAGUUUGUAGGAGUUGUUGGUUCUUAUUUGCUUGUUUAAAUCAAUCAGGAAGAUGUUAUUGGCAGCGAAGAUUAUUCUAGGAUUGUGUUUGUUAAUUGGAGGUCGGAUUUGCCUCCUCUUUCACUAUUCUUCUCCAUGCUUGGAAUUUAUGCUGGAUUCACUUUACCAUGGAAACUAGAGUGCAACGGUGAUAUAUGUGUAUAAAAAUUACAUAUAAUGUAGGGGAAAAAAAUAAACAAUUGUUUGUACCAUCUUGCUCCGGUGUAGUUUGGGGACUGUGCCCAUCUGUUUUUUUUUUUCCAGCUUUUUCUUCGAAGUCGAUUACGCGCGGAGAAAAGAUAUCGUUGCGACGAUUGCGCGGAGAGGCUAAAUUGUGAGUGUCGCCGGUAAGAAUAGAGUGAGGGGCGGAGAUAGCAUAAGCAUGACGCUGGCCAUGGGAUACGCGAUGACAGCUUUUGGCGCUACCAUUGAUUCUGUUGUUUCGUUGGUUACGAGCGCCGCCCUCUCCAAUAGUUAUGUUCUUCGGCGUUCGUCUUUCCCAACCUGGACCAUCAUCUAGGGGUAUCGGCGACGUCCGCGUUUGGCAGCAGAGAAGUGUAGCGCGCUCAUGGGGACGGCUCAGGAGAAGGCCACUUCGACGGAGAGUGUCGGUACUAGCGGUGCGGAGCUCGCGGCGGAAUCGAGAUGGCAGUUGGUGCCUUGAUGUAUAGUUAUGCGGCGAUAGGUGACGCGAGUUCAAGUUGGAGCUUGGAUGAACCGCGAGUUGGGCCGGAGGCAGUGCGACCAUCGGCUUGGGAUGUAGAGCGAGUCCGAAUCGAUGUGUCCGCGCUAUUUGAUGGGGAGCGGCGGAUGGGGCUUGCGCUAGAAGUCAAGCUACACCUGUCAAGGACUCCAGCGCGGGGCGCGAGUUAUAGGCGUUCCUUCGGCGGUUUGCGGCGCGGGCAGGGCCGCUAGCUAGUGGCGGGCUCAUAAGUCGCGGGUCGUGAGACGAUUGUAGACCGCGAGAGAAAAGGGCGCUUUAUUGGGGCGGAGGCAAGCGCACGAGCGGCACAACACAUGGCUCCCUUUUUUUUUUUUAAAUGGUGUGCCUUUUUCUCUCUUCCGAUAGAUCCGGCUCUUUAUCGGCGGCGGACGGCGAGGACUUCAGGAGUGGUAGUGCGCGAAUCUGCUUCUUCAAUUAUGCUCUGUUUUUGCAUCUCUUCAAUCUUCUUCUGCUACUCAGGGUUUUUUUUUAAACCUCCAUCUUCUUCCUUUUUCCUCUGAGAUUUCUUCUUUCUGAUUUGCAGGUUCGCCGUGCGGAGAGCUUCCGCUAGCCUGCCUUGGGGACUGUGCCCAUCUGCUUUUUCUGACAAGAAUGCAAGUGGCCAUAAGAGUGUAGUCUUGUCAACAGUCUCUUAUUUCUUGAUUUGCGGCCCCCCUCGUCUACUUUUACGAACAAAUUGGAGAGAAGGUGAUACAGAUGACCUUGAUUGCGACCGGUUCUCUUUUUUUUUUUUUUUUUUUCAUCAACGUCACCGUGGUGGCUGCUUGCGGUUUGCAGGUUGGUUCGGUGAUGGCGUCCAAAAAAUAAAUGUCCAAGCUGUCG